UGUCUUGAUAAUUUUAAACUAUCGUUUUGCAGAGGAAAAUGACAGGUGAAAAUGAGGAAACGGUGUUUUCAUGUGUGAAGUGUGAACAUGAUCUAAAUGGUCAUCGAUAUGUCCGAAGAGACGAAGGUUGCUAUUGUGUUAACUGCUAUAACGAGUUCUUAGCAAAUAGCUGCUUUGGUUGCGAACAGAAAAUACACCCUAAAUACAAGAGCUACUGCAACGAAGAUCGAUAUUGGCACGAGUCUUGCUUUGUAUGCACUAAAUGCGAGACUGCUUUGUCCGCAGAUAGAUUUGCUCUCAAGGAAAAAUCAAUUUACUGCACGAUGUGUUUCGAUGAUAACUUUUCACCGUCAUGCAAUAAGUGCAAUGAAGUGAUUCGAAUUGGAUCCAAGAAACUAUCGUGGAGAGACAAUGUCUAUCAUUCAGACUGUAUGUUCUGCUUUUCGUGCAAGAAAACUUUGUCUUCCGAUCCUUUCCAUCCAAAGUCUGAUGGUAACAACUACUGUUUGGAUUGCUUUAAAGAGCAGUUUGCGUAUAAAUGCACCAAAUGUCACGACGCAAUUAUUAAUGACGGAGUGCUUCAUGAGGAUCAGCCUUUCCACGCCGACUGUUUCAAGUGCGCUGAUUGUCAAGUUUCUCUAAGGGAUAAACAGUUCGCCCCUAUUGAUUCCAAAGAAGUUUGCACUGACUGUUAUGGUAAAUUUUACGCGGAAAAAUGUGCUUCAUGCAAUCGAGCAAUCACUAGUCUGGAUGGCGACAAGCACAUGGAGUUUGAAGGGAGAAAAUGGCAUGAGGUGUGCAUGGCUUGCAAGUUUUGCCAGCUGUCGUUGGUGGAGAAGUACUUUCUAGCUGAAGGAAAAGAGAACCAGAGUAUCGACAUAAUGUGUCUCGACUGCGGACUGAAACAGAAAGGCCUUGAUCCAGAGAAGUACCGGCAAGGAUUUUACGACGACGCGGAAAAUUCAGACGAAGAAGAAGAAGGAGGAAAACCGGAUCCGAAGCUUGCCGAUCCUUUCAAGCUCGAUCUCUUGGAAGUACACAAUAACUAUCGCGCCAAGCAUGGAGUUCCAGAUCUAAAAUGGUCAAAUUCAUGCGCUGUGCAUGCCCAGGAAUGGGCCGAAAAAUUAAUCAGGGAUAAUGAAUUCAAACACAGCGAUAACCCACGGUACGGAGAGAAUGUAGCCAAGGCCUUGAAACUGAAUCCGACUGCCGAUGAAGUUGUCUACCACUGGUACAAAGAAGUGAAAGAUUAUGAUUUUUCGAAGCUCGAGUUCCAACCCGGAACUGGACAUUUUGCACAAGUAAUCUGGAAAAGCACCAAGUAUGCGGGCUUUGGGUAUGCGAAGAACGGAGAAAUAACUAUUAUUGUAGCCAACUAUAAGUGCCCAGGCAACAUGAUGGGACAGUUUGAGAACAAUAUCUCACAGCCUCAUUCGGACAAAGAAAACUAGCAGCGAACUGACUGCCCUGUGUUCUGCUAAAUUGUACAUUUUAAGCUUCUGUCGCUCGCUGAACUUGUAAUAUACCGUGAAGAAUAAUUUAAUUUUAGUGAUUUUAA